AUGGAUACGAAUAACAGUAACACAUCGAUUAGUAAAACAAGUUUAGCUGAUUCAUGUUCAGGUGAACGUUAUUGGUUUGCUUUUCUUUUGUCAAGUCUUGCAACAUUUCUUAUUGGUGUCAUUGCUAUUCUCCUUUGGCGUUGUGGUGCUUUAAUUUAUAAACGUGGACCAACAAUAAGACAUCGAUCACUACGGUUAGUAUCAAAUCCUGACAAACAAGAAAUAUCAUAUUCAUUUGAUGCAAUUAAUGAACGUAAUUGGGCAACAAUAAUCAAAGAAUAUGCAGCUAAACUAAUAUCUGGUCAACAAAUGCCUGGAAAAAUUCUUGUUAUUGCUGUGGUUAUCUUAAGUUUAGCUUCGUUAUUUAUUUAUUUCUAUGAUGUAAACACACAACCAAUUGAAUCAUGUCAAUUAUGGUCACAAAGUCCAACACAACAAAUCGAUUUAGUCUUUAAUAUUUUUUUUCUUUUCUAUUUUUUUCUUCGAUUUAUUGCUGCACAAGAUAAACUUCGAUUUUGGUGUUUGGAUAUUCAUUCAUGGGUUGAUUAUUUUACUAUUCCACCAUCAUUUACUGCUAUUGUUCUUGGCCGAAAUUGGAUUGGAAUGCGAUUCUUUCGUAUUGCACGAAUUAUGAAUAUUCCUGACAUACUUCAAUUUUUACACAUACUCCGUAGUAGUAAUUCAAUUCGAUUAACACGCGUAUUAUGUCUUCUUUUUACUGUAUGGUUAUCAGCAGCUGGUUUUGUGCAUUUGACGACCGGUCAAUGUUUUAUAAUAUUCUUCAUAACUGGUGGUCUCGCACUAUUUGCUCGUGCUAUACCAGAAUUAGCAGAAAUGUUAUCAAAUAAAAAAAAAUACGCUGGAAAUUAUAGAUUAGAAGAUGGCAAAAAAUUUGUUCUUGUUUGUGGUCAUAUUACAUUUACAUCAAUGGAAAAUUUUCUUAAAGAUUUUUUACAUGAAGAUCGUGUUAGUUCAGAUAGUUUUUAUGAUGCUGAUGUACUUAUUGUUGAUAAAAAACAUACAGUUGAUUUUGAAUUUCAAGCAUUACUUAAACGUCAUUUUACACGUGUAAAAUAUUUUGAUGCUACUGUUAUGGAUCCUGUUGAUUUAGAACGAGUUAAAAUAAAACGAUCUGCAGCUGUUUUAAUCUUAGCAAAUAAAGAUGCUAUUGAUCCUGAUGGUGAAGAUGCAAGUAAUAUUAUGCGUGUAAUUAGUAUUAAAAAUUAUCAUUCAGAAGCAAAAAUAAUCGUUCAACUUUUACAAUAUCAUAAUAAAAUGCAUUUAAUGAAUAUCCCAGCAUGGAAUAAUAAUACAGAUGAAGCUGUAUGUAUUGCUGAGUUAAAAUUAGGUUUAAUUGCUGAAAGUUGUCUUAAUCCAGGGUUUUCAACAAUGAUAGCUAAUAUUUUUGCAAUGCGGUCGGAUACAGAAAGUUCACGUAAUCGAUCUAUUUGGUUAAAAGAAUAUCUUCGAGGUGCUUCACUUGAAAUGUAUACAGAAACAUUAUCAACUUAUUUUGUACAUGAUUUAAAAAAUUUUAGUGAAGCUGCUAGAUUUUGUCUAGUUCAACUUAAUAUACUUUUAUUUGCUAUUGAAGUUUGUGAAGAAAGUGGUCAAAGAAGAUUAGCUAUUAAUCCUGAUCGAACAUCUAAAUAUUUUCGAAUUGCUAAACGAACAAGAGGAUUCUUUUUAGCUGGAAGUUCAGAAGAAGCAUCAAGAGCUCGUUAUUAUUGUCGUCAUUGUCAUUAUGAACAAAAACCUGAAUCUAUUCGUAAAUGUAUUCAUUAUCGCAUUGAAGAUACAUCUAGUGGCAUAAAAGCACGACGUGAAAUUUCAAGACCACGUUCUGAAAGUAUUACAACAUGUCAAUAUCCACCUAUUCAAUAUGCAGUAAAACCAUUUUGUUUUGAUACAACUGGAAUGUUUUAUUGGUGUCCAACACAAAAUUUAGAACAACAAUCAAUUGAUAUUCGAGUUAAAUGUGAAUUAUCACAUCAUGUUAUUUGUUGUAUAUUUGCUGAAGAAUCAUCACCUGUUAUUGGUUUACGUAGUUUUGUUAUGCCAUUACGUGCAUCAAAUUUUGAUGAAAAUGAACUUAAACCAAUUGUAUUUAUUGGUAAUAGUAUUUUUUUAAGAAAAGAAUGGAGACAUAUAUGUAACUUUCCAAAAGUUUAUGUUGUUGAUGGUUCACCAAAUGAUCGUGCUACAUUACGUGCUAUAAAUAUACAUUUAUGUGAUAUGUGUGUUAUAUUAUCAUCAUCAGCAUCACAUAAUGAUCAACGACAAGAUCGAUAUUUAACUGAUAAAGCAGCAAUACUUUGUUCGUUAAAUAUAAAAGCUAUGAGUUUUGAUACUGAAUGUACAUCAACAGAUAAACGUAAUGGAACAUCAAUUCCACUUAUAACAGAACUUAAAAAUGAUACAAAUGUUGUUUUUCUUGAUCAAGAUGAUGAUGAUGAUCCAAAUAUUGAUCUUUAUAUGACACAACCAUUUGCAUGUGGAACAUCAUUUGCUAUUAGUGUUUUAGAUUCAUUAAUGAGUGCAACUUAUUUUAAUGAAAAUGCUUUAACUAUUCUUCGAGCAUUAAUAACUGGAGGUGCAACGCCAGAAUUAGAAAAAAUCCUAGCCGAAGGUGCAGGUAUGACACAAGGUUCUAAUUCAAAAGAAGUAUUGAAUAAUCGACGACGACCACGUGUUGUUCUAUUACCUGUUGAAAAUCUUAUUAUUAAUGAAGCAUAUAAUACACAACAAAAUUCUUCUAUUGUGAUGGAUGCAUUUUGGGAUGAUAAUCCAACAUAUGGAGAUUUAUUUGUAAAUUUAUUAAUUCAUCGAGAUUGGCUAUGUCUUGGUCUUUAUCGUCUUCAUGAUAAUCCUUCUACUCGUCCGAUAUCACACUCAAAUAAACGUGUUGUUAUUUGUAGUCCGCCACGAGAAUUUCCUUUACUUAAAACUGAUUUAAUUUACGUGAUACAACAAUUUCAACCAAGAUAUGAUCCUCCAUUGAAUAUAGAACCAGAACCAAUUAAACCUAUUGAUGAUAAUAAACAAUCAAAUAUUGUACCUGAAGCACUGAAUACAGUCAUACACAUGCCAUAUACAAUAGUUACUAAAAUGACUCCGAUCACAGAUGACAUUACUAUAAAUGAUAAUGAUAAAAUAUAA